UUCUUUCAGCUUUGCGUUUGUGGACAAAAUGUCACCACUUCACCUAUCUCCGCCCUUCGCUUCGCUGCUUUUCUGUCUUUUUUUAAUUGGUUCAGGGCGUUGCGAUACACCUGCCAAUUGCACCUAUGAAGAUGCUCGUGGCAGAUGGUCCCUGAAAGUAUGUCCGCACCCGAAAGACUGUUCAGGUAGUUAUGUUGAUCCCCUCAAUGAUUGCAUCUUUUCAGCCGAACCACAUGAUGAGUUCAUCAUUGAUCUUCUCUACCCCAAUCUUGCGGCAUCUGUCAAGGGAUAUGGAACAACUGGAGCCUGGACGUUAAUUUAUAACCAAGGUUUCGAAGUCACUAUCGCUCACCGCAAAUGGCUUGUAAUGUUCGAUUUUGAUGAAUCUGGUCGGUAUUUUUGCAACCGUGGUCGACAUGGCUGGUCUCACGAUAGUCUUCUCCGUCAGUGGUGGUGGUUCGAAGCUACAAAAUUGUCGGCUCCCGUAAGCUCAUCUCCCGCCCCUUCGGAACCCGUUGACUUCACAACCUUCGCCUAUUCCGAUACACCAUACUUUGUGGACCAUACGUUUAUUCAGUCCAUCAAUGAGGCGCAGAAUUCUUGGACGGCCGUCCGUUAUCCGCAUUUGGAAGAGUUGACGUUCCGCGACUUGGCUCGGCUAACCGGAGGUGACAAAUCAAGGUUCUCCAAACCCAUGAGUCUCAUCAACCAAGCCAAGACUUCACCUGAGUUGUUGGAAGUGUCCAGGCACUUGCCCGAUGAGUUUGACUGGCGUAAGCAGUCACCCAGUCCGGUUACUCCUGUGCGCAACCAGGAGGCUUGUGGUAGCUGUUAUGCAUUUGCCUCCGCUGCCGCCCUUGAGGCCCGUAUUCGACUGGUGAGUAACUUCACAGAGGAACCCAUACUUUCGCCACAAGAUGUCGUUGACUGCAGUCCGUAUUCGGAGGGUUGUGAUGGUGGCUUCCCCUACCUUAUUGCCGGGAAAUAUGCAGAAGACUUCGGUAUACCUCUUGAAUCAUGCGACCCGUACACUGCGGUCAAGGCCGACAAGUGUCCAACCAAGCCGGGCUGUCGCCGCUAUUACGCUACAAACUAUCGCUAUUUGGGCGGUUAUUACGGAGCGUGUUCCGAACUGCUAAUGCGCAUGGAGUUGGUCCACGGUGGCCCCUUCCCAAUCGGGUUUGAGGUCUACGACGACUUCAUUCAUUACAAGUCGGGUGUAUAUCGCCACACCAACAUUAGGCACCCACUAAAACGUUUUGAACCGUUUGAGCUGACAAACCACGCCGUACUGCUCGUCGGAUAUGGGUUCGACGAAGAAUCGAAGCUGCCCUACUGGAUCGUGAAAAAUAGCUGGGGAACGGAAUGGGGCGAAGGCGGUUUCUUCCGCAUACUUCGAGGUUCUGAUGAAUGCGCCGUAGAAAGUCUUGGAGUCGUGUUCGACCCAGUACUCUAGUUUCCCUGAUCCAAUGAAUGCAUCUGUCCUCAUUUGCUCUUCUGCGCAGUCAGAUUCACUGAUCUGUAGCUUCUCUUUUUGGAUCGUGUAUAAUUGCUUAUUCUGUGUGCAAGUUUUCCCCGAUGAACACUGCUGUUCUUACACCUAUUAAUUACUGGUUGAUGGAGUUAUGUCGGCGAAACAUGAUAAAACUGCUUCAAAAC